CAGCCCCUUAACUGACUACGAGAUCCCCAUUGCACAGCAAGAGGGCACCGAACGAGGCGAAGUUACCAAAUCUCUGCGAAUUACUGAUGAACCAAUGGAAACACUCCCUGAGAGACCAACCCCAGAGCCCCGCCCCGCUCCAUGCUCACUCAAGAAGAGUGGUCACGUGUGGAUGCCACGGCAACCUUGAGGAGGCCCCGCACACCUCACGACUCGAGCAGCGAGAGGGUCCAGCUCCACGAGACCAGCACUGUGAGACGACGGCCAAAAGUAAUAGUGCCUACUCAGACUGAUGAUGCGACAGAUGCUGCUAUUCGUGUAAGACCUGUAUCAGAGGUGGAACAUGUAUAUCGGGAAAGUGAUAUGAGUGAGGAUUUCUGGCGAGCGCUGAAGCCUCCAGUUUCCCCCAAACCAUCUCUGGGCCUCAGGAAGCCUGAGACUUCCACCCCAACCAGGAGAGUCCCACUUCCAGGACCGGAGAACCAACACAGCACAGUGGAGGGCAAAAGAGUUCCACAGCCUGUGUCUCCAAAGCCAAGCCCUCCUCCUACACUUCCUAAACCAAUCAAAAUGAAGCCCUUACCAACACACACACUUACCCCACCCAGUUACCUAAACACACACCCACACUCUCCCAUUCUCCCCGAGCAAGUGGAUCAUUCUAUACUCAGUCCAUCAACCCCGACCCCCAAACCAGCAGAAUCUCACACUUUGUCCCCACGACCUUUGACAUCUCCCGCUCAGAGCCCCCAAACCCCCCAAACUCCUUCUACCCCUGGGUGCAGCUCUGCCCCAGUCAAACCCCCGAGAUCUUCCAUGGCAGGGCUGUCAGUGGACAUUCCCAGCCCUUUUGAGGCAGAGCCAGGAGAGGUGGAAAAACACAACGAGGAUGACGAGGAAAAGAGACAAAGGAAAGAGAUAGCAGUGAUUAAGGGGCAAGAGAUGGGAACUUCCAGCGAGGUUCAAAGCUCACAGAGGGAUCAGAGCAGGUGCUGAUGAGGCGGAGGAAAGUGGGUGUGGCCAGACAGAUGCAGAUCGAAGGAGACGUCGAAAGCACAACAGAAGAUGGCAUUGUAACUGCAGAUGAAAUUCGACAGAGGGCGCCAAAUGUCAGCGGAACGGAUGAAGGCAGAAUUCAUGGAGAAGAAGAAAUAAACCAGCUAAGGCUGGACGAGACCAGUGCCUCCUUAGCUGCAGCACUGGAGGUUGUAGAGGAAAGGAUCAUGACCGAAGACAACACAGUCAACAUUCUUGAUGAUAUUGGAAGCAUGUUCGAUGACCUCGCUGACCAGUUGGAUGCCAUGCUGGAUUAAAAAAGAAAAAAGAAAAAAAAAGCACAAAAUAAAUUGUAAACAGAAAAGCACAGCAUCGUCUUCAUCUGAGUGCCUAAUCUGUUUAAAGCCACGCUUCAAUGAAUAAACGAAUAAACACCGAUUUGUUGAGCUUAUCAAGGAUUUUUUUUUUUAAAAAGGACCUACUGGAAGGCAGAGAUCUUGGGUUUAAAACGUUAAAUCCCUGAAACAUUGACGUUUGGUGAAGGUUUUGGAGCCAGGAUGUACGGACUGUUCUCAUGCUGCUUCCAGAGAUAAGCACAAUUAAAUGCUAACAAACUAUUUAAACAUUGUUAAGGUCAAGAAAUGCUAGCAAUGUGUCAGAGUGUGUGUGUGUGUGUGUGUGUGUGUGUGUGUGUGUGUGUGUGUGUGUGUGUGUGUGUGUGUGUGUGUGAUAUUUUUGUUUGGAUGUGGGAUACACAUGGCCGUACCAUGUAUGGUAACGUUUCUGUCACGAAUGGAUGUGAACCAGAUUUAACAUAACUAUAUAUAUUUGUAUGACUUACCACAGAGUGUUAGAAGGACCAUGUGUGCAAUGUGUGUGGGGUGGAAAACACAUGGUCGUACCAGGUA